GUCGGACGUGUCGUCGGCAAAAAAGUGUGAAAGUGAAGAAUUACCGCAAUACCGUGUUCUCAUUCCUGGCGGAUUUUCAUAUUCCAGAUACCUUUCAACCAGCCGCAAAGUUCUGUUCGAUUUCUCCUCACUCGUAGCGGUCCAAUCGGUUGUAAGCGCUGUGAAUUAAAUUUGAAAGUUUACCCAGACAGUGUGUGCUGCGAGUAUUUGGUGCAUAACGUUAGUUUAUAAAACCCGGCUGGAAGCGGAAAUGACUAUUCGAUCGGCGCCACGAUUUACCGCUUCUGGAUGAACUAAUUCCCCAUUGGACUAAAGAUGCCAACACGGAAUAGCACGCCGUGAAAAGUGGUCCAAUGAAAGAGGUUAAACAAGAGACAGAAGAAAAAAAUCAGAGCUUUUGAUGUAAACGAAACUGUGAUAAAUUCAAAUAGUGCAGCGUAGAAGAAAAAGAAACUCACCGAUGUGUUUAUACCGAAGGAUGUAACACAAAACAUAAUUAUGUAAUCAUAUGUUUAACGGGUAGUGAAACAACAAGCAGUGUACGAAGCAAAUUAAGAACGAUUCAGCGAUUAAACAACUCAUCUGGAAUUUUCAACAUUACUAUGUGUGGUAUCAUAUGAUAAAAAGUGCUUAUAAUCAAGUGUUACAGUAGAGUGAUAAUCUAACGAUCAAUUACCACCUUUUUAUGAAUUCAAUCUUUAACCAAUUCGUUGCGUUAAAAUGAAGAUGAAGAUAUUAAAAAUAAUACUCAUAACAAUCAUGGUUAACACUCCCGUUUGGAGCCAGGAUGAUUCAUUAGCGGGCAGUUUCCUGUCAGGAUUACUUGAUUCCAUCACUACGACAGAGGAUGCCAAAGGAUGCCCUGGGGUUUGCGUUCAUACACUGGCAACGUUAAUCUGUUACGAGGUGUUGGAAGACAUCCCUUGUCCUUCUCCCAGUAUGAGAUGUUGCGUCGAAAGUCAAUCGGCGGCUGCCAACAUUUCUACCACACCUCGUCCACGAACGACUACCACUCCAAAGCCAACGACCACCACACCAAAGCCCACAACAGAAGCAAAAAUAAAAGAAAAAGAUAAGGAUAGCAAAAAUAAUUCUACCUGCCCUGGAGUAUGCGUGGCCGAUAGAAUAGCUGAAUAUUGUGAAGCUUAUCUGAUGACGGCUGGCCUUUGUAAGAGUGGUACGAAAUGCUGCGUGUCCAGGGACAUUUAUCCGGAUAAACCGCCUGCAGAUUUAUACGUUCCGACAGCUCAUUAUGACAGUAAGGCAAAUAAAACUACUACACCCAAACCUUAUCCCUCUAAAAAUUCGGAUAAAAAUAAUUCGCAAGAAGAACCGAUCAAGUCAAAAACAAAUCCACCUCCAAAACCAACAAAAUCAACUCCAUUAAAACACAAAACGACAGUUUCGAAUUCCCAAGGAACAGUUCACAAAUCGUGUGAAGGCGAAUGUGUAAACGGGUUGUUUGCCCUUUUCUGCGAUGAUGUCGACAGCGAAGCCUUUUGUCCUAACGAAGGAUCCUGCUGUGUAACUGGUACGGCAGAGGAUCAUAAACAAGAAAUCGUUACAACCACUAGGAGACCAACAACACCUCCACCACUUCCCAGAUGCCCUGGAUUCUGUAUGUUGAAUAUCAUGGCAGCAUUCUGUGAGCGACCAUCGGUCUUGAUUCAACAUACUUCCAACUGUAAGCGCGGAUCAGUUUGUUGUGAUAACACUAAAGCUCCGAUCACCAGAGCUCCUCCUAAACGUCCAUUACCUACUACCACUACCACUACUCAAGCACCUACAACAACAGCAGCACCUGAUCCAAGGGAAGAAUGCCCCGGUUCAUGUAUUGUAGGCCUGCUCAGUUUCACAUGUUUCCGUAAUGCUGAGAUGACUGAUUUAUUCAAAUGUAAGAAAUCUGGUACCCAAUGCUGUGCUCCCAAGUCUAGAAUUCAAGAAGCCCAAGCGGUUUUGGGUAAAAUCAAACCAACUGAAACUGGUAAUUAUCCACCGGUACCACCGAAUGUUGUUCAGCCUUAUCCUGCACAACCACAGCUACCGCCCGUUCCUCAGCACCCACAACAAGCACCUCAACCAAGUUAUGGUCCGCCGGUGCCCAAUACUUAUCCUGGACCAGUGAGCAAUAACAUUUACGAAGUUCCACCAACGCAACCACCAGUUCAUCAGCAUUCUCAGCCUGUUCACGAACCGUUGCCUACAACCACAACAGCAAGGCCCCAAAUUUAUUCAAAAUAUGUCUGUGGAGUUAAGGGAACUAGUCGAGGUGCGCGAUCGUUCCUCAGCCGCAUUGCGCUCGAGGAUGUGUCGUAUAGUCGAAGUCGCACUGGUCGACAUAUUGAGAUGGAAAAUAUUUAUCGAUCGAAGAGCACUGAACGUUUAGUACUUGGUCACAGUAUUGUUCCAAUACCUAUAAUUUACAGUGAUCAUAACGACACUGUUCCAGAAGAUCUGAGUCAUCAUCCAAGCGUCGUUCGAGCUAGCAACUCUACAACAGUCAAGUACUGGAAUAGUCAUCGGAAGGGUCGUGUCGUUGGAGGAGAAGAUGGAGAAAAUGGUGAAUGGUGUUGGCAAGUGGCCUUAAUAAACUCUCUGAAUCAAUACCUUUGUGGUGCAGCCCUGAUUGGUACGCAAUGGGUGCUGACAGCGGCACAUUGUGUAACAAACAUCGUACGAUCAGGUGACGCAAUUUAUGUGCGAGUAGGUGACUAUGAUUUGACACGUAAAUUCGGAAGUCCGGGAGCACAAACACUCCGAGUGGCAACCACGUACAUCCAUCAUAAUCACAACAGUCAAACAUUGGACAACGACAUUGCGCUACUGAAGCUCCACGGCCAAGCGGAACUAAGGGACGGUGUUUGUCUGGUUUGUCUACCGGCGCGAGGUGUGAACCAUGCUGCUGGAAAACGAUGCACUGUAACAGGUUAUGGCUACAUGGGCGAGGCAGGACCGAUUCCGCUUAGAGUGCGUGAAGCGGAGAUUCCUAUCGUGAGUGAUUCUGAGUGCAUCCGAAAGGUAAAUGCCGUCACAGAGAAAAUUUUCAUAUUGCCCGCAUCCAGUUUUUGUGCGGGUGGUGAAGAAGGAAACGACGCCUGUCAGGGUGACGGAGGUGGUCCUCUAGUUUGUCAAGACGAUGGAUUCUAUGAACUGGCCGGUCUAGUGUCAUGGGGAUUCGGAUGCGGUCGAGUAGAUGUUCCCGGAGUGUACGUGAAAGUUUCUAGUUUCAUUGGAUGGAUAAAUCAGAUCAUCAGUGUCAAUAAUCUAUGAUAGGACGAAUGCUUAACAUCAAUCAUCCAACGCAUACAAAAAAUCAUUGUAAAUUCUGAUAGAACAGUAUGUAAUAAAUUGUAAGUCAAGUAGAAUAAGGUAAUUUAUUUUAAUUUAAGAAGAUUGAAAGUCGUUUUAUAAAACCAUAAGAUUUUAUUACUACACCUCUCCAUGAAGUAGUGUAGUUGUCUCGCAAAUUUUCAUAACAUGAGUUCUGAGUCUGCAACUAUUUAUUUAUAAUGAAUAUUGAAAACAAAAAAUAAAAACAACUGAGUAAAUUAAAAAGAAAACAGAUUGAGUAUAUUUUG